GUCGCUCGCGAAGGAUGCGGAUUUUCGGUUGGCACUAGUUUUUUUCCUCGCUCCGUCGGUUGGAUUGGCUCGGUGGCGGAAGUGUCGUGCACCUGUGCGUUCGCACAGAAAGGGGUGGAGAAAGGGGCACGGAAAGUGUGACAGAGGUUUUUUGUGUUUUUUGGUUUUUUAUGUCCGAUCAUUUUUCAUUUUGGCGGAAAAAUGUUCAACGCCGACGCCGGAGCGGGCAGUAGUGGUCCCGGGUGGACCUUGAGCUGGUGGCGGCUCUGGUCUUGGAAUGCCGAACAGCAGCGAACAUGCUUCCAGUGGCUAAUGAAUUGUUGCUGCGAAGGUGUGCAGCUUGGCCAAGGAGAGGAUGAUUAUGCCGUUAGUAGCGAGACCGGACCGGACGACGGCGGAUGCUGCGAGGAUAAUCAAACCGACAACACGUUCAUAUGAGCGCGAGUAGUGCUGUGGGCAGUGGAAUUGGAUUACCAGUGAAGGAAUCAUGUUGCCGUAGUCUUCUUGUGGCGGUGUUUUCGUGAAAUUCGAGCAUGAAAGAGGUUUUCGGGGAAGAAAAUUCAAUGUGAUUUUGUCCUGUGAUUGUGGGGAAUUCGAGAGGAUAGCGAGAAGUGUAGUUUUUUAUGCCCCACAACAGAAAGCCAUAAAGUUGUGUAUUUUAGAACCGACAACAACCCGUCGAUGGAUGCCAAAGAAAAGCCGGAAUUUAUGUUUGUUUGCUUACUGCUCCAACAUAAGCUUCGUUCGGAGAGUUCUUCACUAGACGUGGGUGGAGACGGAGUGGAAAAAUGAAAACAAAUAACGUAUGAUUUGUUACUAGCGGUGGUUGUGCAUUCUGUUUCUCUUGGAAACCAAAUCGCGUUCGCAUAGUUAAAUGUGGAAGAACGAGAUCUCAUCAUCAUCGACGACCAUAACCUAUCCCAUUCCGGAUUGGAGAAGCUUCAUUGUUUGGAUAAAUGAGGCGAUAAAUUGAAGCGAAAAUAUAGUGAAGAGAGAUGUGCUACUUGUGUACUCAGAUGUGAUCGGCUAUGGGAGCGCUAAUUGAGGUGAUUCGGUGCCUAGAUGUGCGACCAUAUGGAAGUGUUAGUUGUUUUUUAAGGAAAAAAGUGGAUAUAUCGGAUAUUUUGGAUUACUCAUCGUUAUUGGAUCCAGUGUCAUCGCUGUAUUUUACAGAACCUUCCCGACGAGCUGCGAGUGAUGCCCUUCAACCUGCGGUUGAUGGAGCUGGUCGGAAUGUGGGGCCCUAUGAGGAACUCCUACCGAUUCUAUCUGUCCUUCGGGUGCGGCAUCAUGAUGAUACACUUCCCGAAGAUUUUCCUCGGAAUGGGAAGCGAUCGGUUCGACGAGAUCGCCAAAGGAUUUAGCGAGUUGCUGUUCCAAGUUAAUUUGUACGCAUCGGUUGCGAUUUUCGCCAUCAAGCGGUCGGCUUUCCAGCGGAUGGUUACCAUCCUGGGUGGGAUCUUCGAGAAGGUAACGGCCUCACAUCAACCGCGAGAAUGCUACAAGAUGAUUUGCGAGCAAAACAGGAAGAAUGAAAAAUUCACCAAGUUCUACGCAAUCAAUUGUUGUUUCGGACCGUUCAUUUACACUAUCCCUGCGUUUACGACCACAUACCUACGGUAUUAUUCCUCCACUGCUAACUACACAGUGGAGCCUCUACGCUUCGAACUGCCAAUGGAGCAAGAAUUUUAUGGGCUGCAAAUCCGAACCAACUUUGUGCACUACCAUAUCUUUCUGGCGUUGGGUCAAGUGGUGUACUGUUACUGUGCGUUCAUUUCGGUAAUCAAAGUAACUUCAAUGCUAAUCAUGAUCAAAUAUAGCUCGUUAACCUACCGAUUGAUCUGUGUUCAAAUACACGGCCUGAGCCAACAGCCGUUCACGGAGAACAAAGCGGAUUAUACACGCAGAAAGGUCGGGCAGUUGGUGAAGAUAAUUCAGUUACACGGGAGUGCUCUCGAAGUUACGAAACUGGUGGAGGAAAUUGUUCAUUUUCCGAUGGCGAUGCAGUUUAUGACCUGUAUCAUGUUUUGGUGCGUGAUCAUGCUGUAUGUUUCAACGACCGUCACCUUUACACUGUUCAACCUCAUGGUUCCGUUCUGGCUAUCUGUGAUCGAAACUUACGGCUUCUCCUAUCUCGGCUCGGAGCUAACGCGGGAGGCGGAAUCAGUCGGUAAAGCUAUCUACAAUCUACCCUGGUACGAGGAUUCGGUUAAACUGCAGCGAUACUAUCGUUUGAUUAUACAACGCUCCCAGCGAACGACGGGCGUUACCGCGGCAAAAUUUUUUUUCGUGGGAAUCGAGAAAUUUGGAAGUGUGGUCAAUUUGUCGUACACCUACUAUCUGGUGCUGAAAGACGCCCUCAGUAAAAGCAACCUGUAAUGUGCGAAAUAAUGUGAGAUUUUUCGGUUUUGGUUUGAUAUAAAACAAAAAUACGGUUAGAUUGGAU